AUGAGGAACGGAGGGAGAGGGACGGAAGCUGAGGGAAAAAACCAGAAGGCAAAAGAAGGAAGGGGAGCAAAGGGAGAUGGAGGAGGGCAAGGGGAAGCGAUAAAGGGGCGGGGGCGCGGGGCGCGCCAUGUCACACUAGGCGUGGAGGAACAACGGGGGAGCGGGGGGGAGGCAAGUACAAAAUGCGAAACAAAGGAGAGGAGGAGGGCGAAAGGAGGGCCGGGGAACAGGAAGGGUGGAAGCCGAGGCGCGGACCCGCGGCCGAAGCAGGGGAAGAAAAAGGGGAGGUGCACGUGGAGGCGGGUGCGGGCAACUGCCCGCAGGGGGGGGGCCAGAGUCAAAGGGCGUCAGGGAGCAGCAACACCGCAGGAGGGAGAAAGAGUGGCAGCGGGGGAGAGGGAGAGGCGGAGAAUCGGCAAGACGGGGAGACAGCAGGGAAGCAGGGCAGGCGGCGCUAAGGGAGCACAUGAAAAGGGGCAGUGA